AUGCUAGACAUUGCCAUUGAUUUCCAAAUUGGUGUAAUAGGCCAAAAAGAUGAAUUUAAAUACGGCGAUACUUUGGACGUUUACCUGCAUUAUGGAUUGCCAUAUGACAGUGUGUUUACCAAGGUGGAGUUCUUAAAGGAUGACCGAAUUUAUUUUAUUUACUUCCGAUAUGAUUAUGUUCAACUACUUGAUGAUGCUAAAGAUAAAGGCGUUACAAAGGACCAAGUUUCCUAUAUUAAUCACAAUAAGCAGGCUCAAUUAAUCACAUUAUCUAUUAAGAGAGCUGUUAUGGAAACUGCGGGAAAAUUCACGCGUAUGGAUGAUAUUUAA